CUGGCGUCAUAAAGCGGCGCGUUAAGUGACGUUGACGCAUGGCAGCGACUCUUUGAACUGUACGAUCCUUUUGAAAGUGUCUGGAGACGCAAACCGGUCGCGUUUGACUUGCACAUGAAUGCAUUUGGAGGAGAAAGCUUCGUGACGCGUGAACGAGAGUUACUGUUGUUGACGCUGCCGCAGCGCUUUAUUCGCGUAUUGUCUCAAUAAAGCAUCAGUGUUAGCGCCUUCACAGCUUCACAGUGAGUUAAUUCAUCAGUAUGGUUGUGUUAAAGAGUUUGCAUCCACCCAGCGAGGGCGUGAGGCUCCAGCAGGCCGACACCACUGCAGUUCUGGACGGGAAGAGACUGGGCGCAGGAACGCUGUUUGUGGCUGAGGCGCAUCUGUCCUGGUUUGAUGGUUCAGGGAUGGGUUUCUGUCUUGAAUACCCCACCAUCAGUCUGCACGCCAUCUCACGAGAUCUCAGUGCCUUUCCAGAAGAGCACCUGUAUGUGAUGGUCAAUGCAAAGCUGGAUGAUGAAGCUGAAGCAGAGCAGCAGAAUAAAGCUUCGGAUGACGAGGAGAGCGACAGUGAAGACUCAGGAACCAUCACAGAGAUCCGCUUCGUGCCCAGUGAUAAAACCGCAUUGGAGCCCAUGUUCUCCAGCAUGUGUGACUGUCAGGCCCUGCACCCCGACCCUGAUGACGCCGACACCGAUGAUGACGAUUACGAGGGAGAGGAGUACGACGUCGAGGAGGCUGAGCAAGAGCAGGGUCAAGGUCAUGUUCAGGGCGACGUCCCCACGUUUUACACCUAUGAGGAGGGUUUGUCUCACCUGACGGCCGAGGGUCAGGCCACACUGGAGCGGCUGGAGGGGAUGCUGGCUCAGUCUGUGGCUCAGCAGUACCACAUGGCUGGAGUCAGGACCGACGUGCCAUCCACCGAAUUUGAAGAUGGAAUGGAAGUCGACUCAAACACAGUUACUGGACAGUUUGACGACGCUGAUGUGGAUCACUGAUAAACUGCGUUUCUGUACGGCUGAUUGAAGCACUUCAGUGGGGCAUGCUGGGAUACCGCCUACUUCUAAAGCUCUUAUCAUUUCUGUCUCUCCUUGCUUGAAUUUAAUGGCUGUUUUACACCACAGCUGUACAUUUCUAGAUCCACGCUCUGUGUAGCUUCCAUUAAUCUAUUUUGUAGUUUUCCU